ACUGGAGCAUGAAUAAUCCCGUCUACUUAUGCUGUAACCGUACAACUAUUCACUACGGCACGAUGCGAGGGCAUUCGACCAUCAUACAGCUAAAAAAAACAUAUGAAUGACUAUAAUACUGAGAACCACAGUGAAAGGAAACCACUAGUAAGUUCAGUGUAGCUAUAGUCAGUCAAGAGCAAACUGUGUCGAGCACAUAUAUCUCCACAGUUUCAUCGCUGGCAGUUCACCUAGCUUGUUCGUACUUCUUGCAAGAGGCAGGUGUUGAAUGCCACCAAAUUCAGGGAUCAUGGCAUCUGUGUGCGCUAUCGUCAUCGCCUGCUCCCUCCUGGUUGUAACGGCGCCCUCAUCGUCUCAAGCGUUUGAGUUUCCUGGCUCUUCGUACGAUGGCUCGCUUGUUAUUGGCGCCUUCAACAUACAGGUGUUUGGGCUUUCAAAAGUCGGCAAACCGGAUGUGGUUGAAACACUUGUCAAAAUUUUGCGGCGAUAUGAUCUGGUUUUGAUUCAAGAAAUCCGAGAUAGUUCCCAGACCGCCGUUCCAACGCUUCUGAAGCUUGUGAACGCAAAUCUGGAAGAUAAAUAUGACGUCAUCGUGAGCGAACGCCUUGGGAGGACAUCCAGCAAGGAGCAGUAUGCGUUCCUUUACAAGCCGAGUCGGUUAACCGUGCUGUGGAGUUACGUUUACGAGGACGACACUCACGACCGAUUUGAGCGGGAGCCCUUCGUUGUUUACUUCGAGUCGCCUACCACAGCUGUGGAUCGUUUUGCAAUGAUCGGCAUUCAUAUCAAGCCGAGCGAGGCAGUGGAAGAAAUCAACCACCUUGUCCACGUGUAUGAAGACUUCGUAGCAAGAUCCGGCAACAAGAAUGCCAUCAUUGCUGGAGAUUUCAACGCAGACUGUGGAUAUGUCUCCAAGACAUCUCUGUACAAAUCCGCCUUGCGAACGGAUCAGAGGUUCAGCUGGAUUAUCUCAGAUGAUCAGGAUACCACCGUGGCUAAAUCUGACUGCGCUUAUGAUCGGUUUGUGAUCGCUGGGGAUGAAUUGUCUGACAACAUUCAUCCGGACAGAACCGGAACGUUUUACUUCGACAAGCAUUAUGGCCUGGACAUAGAAACGACGGAAGAUGUCAGUGAUCACUACCCGAUCGAAAUGGUCAUCCAAGGAAAUCUUCAGCCGAUUCAGCCGAUGUCAACUACAACUCCCGAUAGCAUCAGUUGCUCUGGUAGCUUCCGUACCGUGGUGUGGAUGUGUCAGCUCGUCGUGGGUCAAGAAGACGAUAUGCCCGUGUGCAUCCACAAAGUCGUCCAGUCAUUAGUCGGUUACAUCGACAGGUGCACGGACGACUGGAUCAGGCUCUUCAUGAAUUACCCAAAGAUUUAAUUCUCAUGAGUCUUUGCUCGGACCCCGCGCCCGAUGCAAGGGCAUAGCUGGUCCGAAUGGAACGUCAAUGCCGUCUUCAAUGAUUCAUUAUAUCACUUUCUUCGCCAGGGUGACUUAUUAUUCUAUUCGGCAAAAUCAUCAUUCCAUUCAGCGAAUACAUCAUUUUAUUCGGCAUAGCCUUCAUUCCAUCCCUACAAAGUAACGGAACGAAGAACUUGCCAAAUAAAUUAAUUGAUUAAUGAGCCAAAUUGUGAUUUUGCCCAAAUGGAACUUGGCAAAUGGAAUGAUGAAUUUGCCGAACGGAAUGAUAAAUCUGCCGAACAAAAUGAUAAAUUUGCCGAACGAAAUGAUAAAUCUGGCGAACGAAAUUUCCAAUCUUCUGAACGGAAUGAUGAAUUUGCCGAAUGCAAUGAGAAAUUUUUCGAACGGCAGCUUUGGCGUUCCGUGGGUAUGUUCCCAGUUAUUUUCAUUUUAGAACAAAACAAUGUAGUAUGUAGGCCAUAAUAUACUGUUAGAAAUACUAAGCUUAGCGAACGAAUACUAUAGUAAAAUCGCCGAGUAAAAAAAAAAUGCUGGGCACUAUACACCUGUUAAUGGUACCUUAUUGAGACAUUUUGUUACCAUAAAUUAUACCUUAGGGAGACACCGGACAUUAGGCAACAUUUCAAUGUCUCCCUCAUGUCACAGCUCCUAGUUAGUAUUAAGAGGCAACACUUUGUCGCAAAUAGGCUAGAUCGAUUGCUCGUGGUCCUUAAACCGAAAUUCACGAAGGAAGGAGAAGGUAAAAUUGGGGUUGGGUGACAUUAAAGUCGGAAAACGAAUUUUGCACAAGUCUAUGGGAAUGUCUCCCAAGUGACCCAUUAUCGGUAAUUACUAACAAUUUCAGUGUUAUGACUAUUUUAUUAAAACUUAAUUUGUUCUGUUUUAUUUAAACUUAGGCUAAUUGUUUAUGCACAGGGGCCUGGCCAUGUACAAGCUUCGGCUCUCUGCCAGCCUCCACCGUUCAUUAUCUGAUUGCUGUAUAUAUGCCGUUAAUUUGAAUUAUUAUAAUUGUGAAUUUUGGAAAUAAUCAAAUCAAGUCACAUCAAAGCAACUGGACUGAUUGACAAUGCCUGAAGCGCCCGAAGCAGUUGUUCGGCAUUUUGGGUUUCGAGUUAUGUGCGGUGAAAAUAAGAAUUGUAUUUGUCUGACCGGCAUUUGAGAAAUUAACAGUCCUGUGCCUAGGAUUGGUCAACAUUUAAACAAACAUGUAUUAUUGUGGGAGUCCCGAUAUGAUAGGCCGUUGUGUAUGGUGUGUUUGUCUUGAGGGAUUUCCCCCUAUGACACCACUAUUGCCCGCGGAGGGACUUUCCCUCAAUGAGGAAUAAUUUUUCGUAGAGUGGACGAUGAGAAAUUCGGACACAUGCAUGAGAAUACGCCAAUGUCCGGGACUCGGGAGUGACAACCAUGCAUCAUGAAAUGGGACGGAAUAGUAGAAUUUUUGGAGAUCAAAGUUCCAGGAAGUGAGUGAGCAAGGAUUAUAUAGAUCCAUAUCAGACAAUCUUACAGCUUCCUUUGAUCAUUGUAUUAGUGUAAACUUUGCAGACACGUGAUGUACAAAAUAAAGCUUUCUGCGUACAUGUACUUGUGUGUAACCAUGUGUAGUUGUUUUUCACAAUGCAGAAGGUACAGUCACCACUCCAUGUACAUGAGACAUCAAUGAGCAUUUAGGUUUAACUGACCCUGGGGUAAGGUUUUCGUUUAUAUUUUUUUAUUAUUUCUGAAGACGAUUAUUGAACUAAAAGUGUGUCUAGAACCCAGAUAUGAUUAUCAAGCUUUGUGUAUAUUUAUGUAGUAAAAAGGUACUACUUAUUUUUCGUUUCAGGGUUUGUCUUUGGUUUUCUAUAUGACCUACCAACAUAAUAAACAAUGAGAAGUGACUGAU